AGAACAGGAUGAGUAUUUGGAGCUGCUGAGUCAUGCGGCAGGACUGCGUUUUAUCAUCCAUGACCAGAAGGACAUGCCGUUCCCUGAAGACGAUGGAGUGAACAUCCCUCCUGGGCAGGAGUCUGACCUCGCCAUUGUGAAGGUUCAUGUGCAUCGACUGAAGGCCCCCUAUGCUAGCAAAUGCAGUAAUGGAGACGGGAUCCACAACUACUACCGAGAUGCAUACAAAGUUGAGUACACCCGGGAGGCCUGUAAGAAGACGUGUGGGCAGAUGCACAUCAUUAACAGCUGUGGCUGUGGGAUGUGGGAGUUCCCUGUUCCCAAAGGGAUGAAUGUGCCUUUCUGCAACAUUACUAACAAGGAUAUUAAUCACUGUGUGCAGCUCUUCGAAGACAAGUUUGCUCACAAUGAGUUGGACUGUAGCUGCCCACUGCAAUGCGAGGAGGAGAUAUUUGAACUGACUCUGUCUUCAUCCCAGUGGCCCAGUGUUGUCUACAUGGAUAAAUUUGCAAGACAACUCAAGAGCUCCGGUGGGAAGCUAGCACAAGUAACAAACAGAAUCAGAGAUAAUCUUGUUAAAGUUGUUAUCAACUACCAGCAACUUAACUAUGAGCUGAUUGAGGAAGCUCCAGCCAUCCGGGCGAUCGAUCUCGUGUCCAGUAUCGGCGGCCUGGUUGGUCUGUGGAUCGGAGUGUCAAUCUGCACAGUGGCUGAGUUUCUGGAGCUCUUACUAAACGUCAUUAUUUUCACAGUGAAGAAGAGACUGAUUCGGAAAAACAAGAAUGCUCCAUUGAAUCCGUACAUGAUUGCUCAUCAAACUUUCAAGCCAACUGUAUGAAGAUAUUGCUGCUAAAUUGUUUCACCCAAAACUGCCUCAAGUUCAUUCUUGCUAAUCAUUUACUUAUAACUUAUAGUAGACUUGGUUAUAGAUUAUAACAAAGGUAAAACUUAAAAGUAACUAAAGUAAGUCAAUUAGUAUUUUUCAUAGUUACUAUAAUAUUAUUAUAGUUUGUAUUUGUCUAUUAAAAAUGCAGUGAAGCCUAAGUAUUAAGCCCAAUUAAAUUAUCACCACAUGAUGGCAGAACAAUACAAAAAAUAUGUUUUAAUCAAGCAAGCAGCAGGAUUAUGUGUAUGGAAAGUAUUAUCUAAGUGGAAUAGCAUCUAACAGGCUGUAUGCGCAUCCCAUCAUAUACCUGUGGUCAUUUUCAAAACUGCUUAAUAAUGGAAUCCAUAGUACCAGUUCUAUUGUGUAUCCGGUCCCUGUAGAAGUUUAAAAAACGUAACUCUUUCAUGCAUGAAAUAUUGAAAAUAGCUGAAA